GCGGCAUGAUUUGGAUGUCAUUUAGCUUUGUGCUAUAAAAUACGUCUGAAUAUAUUGGAGAGGCAUCUCAAAUGUUUUUUUUUUUCUAAAUCUAAACAAAUAAAUGGAGCUAGCGAAGCUACCCUAUUCUGGCAUUCAAAAGCGGCUAGUGUGUUUCUGUUUUUGUGACGAACGACACAUUUUAAAUUGACAGUACCUACUUUUAAAUCGAACACUUUUAUGGCAUAGAAAAUGAAAUAUGUGCGAUAUUUGAAUCAGUAUUAUUGUUAUUCGGCGAGAGGAUCAAAGCCGAGUCCCGUGUGCGUAGAUUUGCGGAGCGCGGCGCUUAACGCGUUCGUCAUGACGCCAUCACGCUCUGUGCGUAGCCCCGCCCUUCCUAUUGAAUGUCCGUCUGUUUUGUAAACGAUCGAGCCACAAAGCGAAAGUUAAAAGGCUUAAUUGAUGAAGACUGCUGUCAACGUUGGCAAGUAAUUUAUCGUACGACAACAUCCUAGCAGCAUUCAGGUAUGCUGUGAAUUUCAUAUAUAUGACGCCUAAGCGUGGCCUCAUAACCGACACCUUCAAGGUUGUGAAGAAGGCAAGGAGAGGGGGCAAGAGAGACAAGUCUCCUUCACCGCCAGUAGCAGAACCUGAGCCCCCACAACUGAGUGAAAGAGAAAAAGAUCUACAAGAACUGAAGAAGUUUGAUCUGGACUGGAAAUUCGGACCAUGCACAGGGAUCAGUCGACUGCAGAGAUGGGAGAGGGCAGCACUGCAUGGGCUGAAUCCCCUGCAGGAGAUUAAAGACAUUUUACUGAAGGAGAGCACUGACCCAGAGUACACACAGAGUCUCUGGUGUGACUAUCCCCUCUGAAAAACUGAUGGAGAAAAGACAGAAAGAUGAGAAAUGAAGAAAUACUUUUGUAGUGUUUGAUAUGUUCUAAUAUGUUUGCUUUGUUGUUUAUUACACUACAUUUCAUUAAACAUU